AUCCUGUUCUUCCCUUUUUUUUUAUCAUUUACUGGAUGAAAAGCUUUAUAAGCAACACUCAGUGUUAAUGACUACAGAACAACGACCCACUUUAUCAACGUAUCGACCUAUUGCACCUUCUAUAGCCUUGCCUGCCCUUUUACCACGACCCGAUUUAAACAAUGUUGAAAAGCGCAAUUGGGACAAAGCUUUCGACGAUGGAGAGGCUUUGAGUGUGGGCUCAAACAGAAGGGGCAGCGAUAAUUCUGACGGUAUCAGUAGUACGACGACAACAAAUACUCAUUCCAUUGUUGAUCAGCGCCUACGACGAAAAGAGCAAAACAGAGCCGCUCAAAGGGCUUUCAGGGAGCGAAAAGAACGUUAUGUGAAAGAAUUGGAAGACAAAAUAAAAGAAAUCGAAGCUGCUCAUGCCACUGAAAUAGCUGCUUUAGAGGAAAAAAUCAGCAGUAUGCAAGCCUGUCACGCUUCCGAGAUCGCUCGCCUUAAAGCCGAAAAUGCCCAACUCAAGUUAGGCAUGUCUGAACGAGAUAAACGGAACAAUAGCGCCGAAAGCAACAUGGACGCUGAGCCUUUGACUGGUUAUCCAGUGGCUGAAGAAGAGCCUCGGUCGUCUACAGCAUCCUAUACUGAUGUGACUACUGCAGCAACCGAAUCUUCUGCAACAGCGCGAACGCAGCAACAAGCGAACACGAUAGCGUCAGGGGAUCGCGAUCUCCUCAGCUCACCGACUUCCUCCUUUAACGACGCAUCCUCUUUAGCACCCAGUACCACUGUUACCGAUACUCCCCGUAGUGCCGCUGCCACAUCGGCGAUUGCAUGUAUUCGUGAUAAAGAUGGCGUUUCGUUUUGUGAAAAAUUGAAAGAGGAAGUAUGCUCAGAUGCUUACAAUCAACUGCUGACAGAGCCUUUGUUUGAUGCACGAGGUGUCUUGAACGAAACGGUAUCCAACCAUCCUGUUCCCAUCGUUACUGAACCAGAAUCGACCGCGGACGAGGAUACAGAACAGCAGGAUAAAUCAGAUCAAUUUUACGAAUUCGAGCAAUUUUUGCAAGAAAACCUUUCACCGAGGAAAAGUUCAAUGUCACCGACUGCUAUUCAUCUGAUUUCUUGCUCCGAAGUAUGGAGCAGAAUCGCACAAGAUCCUAUGUUUGAUCAAUACGAUACAUAUUACCUCUACAAUGAACUUCGAAAGAUUGCUAAAUGCUCAAGGACAGGUCCUGUAUUUGAAGAAAACGAAGUACGAGCCGUUGUGAGGAUGGUGAAGGAAGAAACCCAAAAAAAAUACAGACAACAGCAGCCACCCACCACCUCAUUACAGCAAGAUUAGGAACCCGAUGCUCUCGGGGAACGCCAUACUAUCCAUAUCCUUAUUCAUAUCCCUUAUGUUCGAAUGAAUCUAGAUGCGCUGUCGAUUACCCAGUUGUCCAAGAUUAUCGCCACAGUCACACCUUCUGGUGUUUAUUCCACUGGUUGUGGGAUUUGCUCCUUAUUUUACCUUUUAUACAAACAUGUUUUUAUACUUAUCAUGUUAUUCUGAUAUUACUAUUCUACGCUGGCAUCUUUUUUUUUUUUUUUUUUUUUUU